CCUUUACUUUUGGUUGUAUUAAACGCACUUGUGUUUCUGUGGAGCAAUAAAUGCACAUGCUUACCCGCUCCAACCAAAAGAUCGUCUGCUUAAAUUCCCUCAUUUGGAGGCGUGUCAUUUGAAAAUAUGUUUGCUCUGAUAGCACCUGCUUUUGUUUUCUUAUAGCGAAAUGACUCCGUUUUCUGCGAUAUCUUUCUCAAUUUUGAUUCAUUACAUUGUUUUGAUUACUUAGAACGCACGUCUUCAAUCAUCAUGGCUGAGAUCAAUGAGUAUACUUUACAUCAGCGACAAAUUCUCAUGUUCGUGCUUGUUUGUGUUUUUGUUAUUACGAUUUGUGCUGUCACGCUUUCAAUUCUAAUUAUUGAUCCUGCAUUGAUUGAAGAAGAAGCUGCAUACUCUGGCAAACAGCAUUUCUUACUUAUAGUGGUCGAUGAUCUUAGACCUGUUUUAGGCUGUUAUGGUGAUGAAAAGGCCAUCACUCCAAAUAUAGACCAGCUAGCAGCGAGGAGUGUCCUUUUUAAAAAUGCUUACACACAGCAAGCUCUUGAUGGUCCUAGCCGCAUUUCAUUCCUAACUGGCAGAAGACCAGAUAAUCUACACUUAUAUGAUGAAGGAUUUUAUUGGAGAGACUUUGUUGGGGAUUUUGUAACUUUGCCUCAACAUUUCAAGAACCAUGGGUAUGAAACUGUUAGCAUUGGAAAAGUUUUUUCACCUGGCCUUCUAUCUAAUGAGACAGAUGAUUAUCCUCAGAGUUGGUCCAGAGUACCUUACCAUCCUCCAUCUGAAGAUUUAGAAGAGUUUUGUCAGUUACCGGAUAAUGAAACAGCUUUUAACUUAAUAUGCCCUGUAAAACUGGACCAGACAAGUUUGCCUGACAUUGAGAGUACCGAAUUUGCAAUUGACUUCUUGAAAAAUAAAAGUAGAGAAGAGAACAAAACAGGUCCUUUUUUCUUGGCAGUUGGAUAUAAUAAACCACACAUUCCAUUCAAAUUUCCUAAAGAAUAUUUAGAUUUAUAUCCUUUAGAAUCAAUGGACUUAGCAAUAAAUCACACUAUUCCACCAAGAUUACCUAAAAUAUCAUGGAAUCCAUGGAUGGACAUUAGGGAAAAAGAUGAUGUAAAAAAUUUAAAUGUGAAUUUUCCUUAUGGGCCAUUGCCAGAAGACUUACAGAAACGUAUUCGCCAAGCAUAUUAUUCAUCUGUAUCUUAUAUUGAUGAUCAGAUUGGGAAAAUUUUAAAUGCUCUUGAAGAAAGCAAAUUUGCCGACUAUACUACUAUUGUACUUCUUGGAGAUAAUGGUUGGUCUCUGGGUGAACAUCAGGAGUGGUCAAAAUAUAGUAAUUUUGAAGUAGCUUUACGUGUGCCACUACUAGUCUACAUUCCUGAAUUAAUGGAGAAAGAAAGAGAACCAUUCCACCACAUUCCAGUGAUCAGGAAACAAACUUCUACCUUUGAAAACUCUCCAAGUUUAAAAUCAUCUAAUCCUUCUGCUAAAUAUGUUACUGAAGAGUUAGUUGAAUUGGUUGACGUUUUCCCAACACUCGCUGAAAUAGCUAACAUAGCAAUCCCACCGAUUUGCAGGCUAUAUCUUACAAACUUUUGUUCUGAAGGUCUAAGUUUCUUUCCUCUUGUUCAACAUCUUAUCAUUGAUCCCUGGAUUGAUUUUUCUUGGAAACAAGCUGCUUUUAGUCAGUAUCCAAGACCAUCGCUUGUUGCUCAAAACAAUAGUGAUAGACCAUCGCUUGAAGACAUUAAUUAUAUGGGAUAUUCUAUAAGAACAGCAGACUUUCAUUAUACUGAGUGGCUGAGGUUUGAUGUCGAGGAGCUUAAACCAGAGUGGCCUGUCAUUAUAUCACGAGAAUUGUAUGACCACCGACUGGAUCCUCACGAAAUAAAUAAUGUUUGUGAUGAUGAUGAAUAUUCAAAUACUAUGAUCGAAUUAUCUAAGAGGCUUAAGAAAGGUUGGCACCACGCUAUGCCACCAGGUUCAUUUGAUGACUUUUUUGAAAAUUAACUAUUUGUCUAUAAGUUUUUUUUUUUCCUAGAUCAAAAAAUUAUGUUUCUGAAUAAUUAAUUACAACUACUGUGAAAUUUUUAAUAACGCUGAUGUGUUCAGUUUAGUUUUAAUCUUGUAAAAUGCAUUCAGAGAGAAAUCAUAAUAACAUCUGUUUAUAUGAAUUUUCUACCUUGAAAAUACGUGGAAGUCCCUCUGAUCUAAUUCAAGGUGAUAAUCUGAUCAAAUUUUGUGUUAGGUUGGUUUUAUGAGGUUUAAAACUUUUUAAGUUAUUUUCUUUAGGUGUUAUUAAAGUUAUGAAACUGUAAAAAUUAGUUGACUAAGAUUUAACUCAUGUGUGAGUUACAUAAUUGAUUCAUAUAGAAAAAAAAUUCCUUUAUCAUCCGCAAAUUAACUUUUCUAUGUUAAGAUUCUGCUGUUCUUCUCUAUACCGUAAUUAAUUGUGCAUGUCAUUGGAGAUUUGAGGAGAAAAAAACAAUUUCAAUACUUAAUUUUAUUUGAUAAUUGAAAAUACCAGCAUUUACAUCUGAAUUUUCUUAAUCUUAUUAUUUCAAUUGCAUGUUUCCUGCAGUUAGAGCAAUAGAAUUUUUUAUAAUUCAAUGCUUUAUGAAACUAAUUUAUUUCUAAGGAAUUUAAUUUGAGAUAAUUAGAAAAAUAGAUUUUAUGUGAGAUUCUUUAUUGUAUUUAAAUGUAUCCAUGGAUAAGUACACUCUCAUUUCUAACAUUAGUUUGCCUAAAACAAAACAAAAAAAUGUUUAAAAUACCAUUACAGAAAAUAUUAAUGUAUAUAGUUAUACCCAAGGAGAUAGUCAAAAGGAGAAUACAGGGUCAAAAUACUUAGAUGACGAGUUACAAAAUCUCAGAUAUUUUAACAAACAAUUUUUAAUAAAUGAAUUUUAUUUUUCUGCGUGCUUAUACAGUUUUUUUUAUGAAAUAGUAGAAAUCUUCUCUUAUAUUAAAAUCAAGAUCUAAACUUUAAUUUGAGUGCUGCUUCAAUUAAAGAAAAAAGAGCUGGAAAAUUAUCAUCCCAGUUAUUGAGACGUAGAAAAUAUUUAAAUUUUUUUCACCAUAGCUUAUAAAAUAAAAUAUUUAUCUCUUAAAAUAUUCAUAGAUAGUAAAAAAUUUGUGACAUACUAACUGCCCUUAAGUUGACCAUCAGUUUUUCGAAACUAACAAAAUUAGAAAACAAAAAAAGAAAUUUUUUUUAAAAAUAUGUAAAAGUUGGUUUUUAUUGCUCAUCAGAGAAAACAGUAUUCAGCACAACUGAAAAAGAAACUUAUUUGUAUUUAUUGUACUAAUGUUGAAGGAGAUUUUUUUAAUAUUGCUAUGUGUAUGCUACUCAACACGCUUAAUUGUUUUUCCAUUUUAGAGGGAUUUACCACAUAAGUAUCAUUUAUGUUUUGGAACAACAAAUUUUUACAUAGGUUAAAGAUUUAAAAUCCACUCAACCUCUGAAAAUGUUAGACUAAUUUUAAAAGUGUCUUGUGUUUCACUAUUUUUAGUGCUCAUGAAAGAACUUAAAAAGCAUAUAUGUAAAGAACUAUAAUUUUCAGCUUGUGAUUGAUGGGUGUUGAAAUUUUUCUUAACCUAAAAGUAAAAUACUUUUUAUUUUCAUCAUUUUUUUUUUUUUUUGACAAGGCCAUGGUAGUGCAAGAAAAUUUACAAAAAUUAAGGAUUUUGAACAGCAAUACAAUGUAAAAAAAUUAUUCUUAACAAUUAACUGAAACAAAAACGUUUUUAGCCAUAUUUUUCGAGUUAUAAUAUGUUAAAAAAAACUACAAAUAUGUUAAAAUAACUACACAUAUAUUAAAAUAACUUUUAAAUAAUAACUAGGGGCACCACUUUCCCAGUUGUUUUGUAAUCUUUCUUGUUUGUCAUCAAAUAUCUAACGGACUGUUUCAUCAAAAUUUAAAAUUAAUUAAUUCAAAAACUUUUUAUUACAUUAAUACAGAUUUGGUUCUUCAGAUUUUGUUUCCAAUUCAAUUAUAGUAAAACUUAAAUCUACAAAUUUUACUCAGUUACCAUUGUAACUUCAUCAACAGAUAUUACAAAUUCUUAAUUUUUGAUUGUUGUAAAAACUCAUUAAGUAUUUUUUACUAAUCCUUUAGCAAUAAUGUAAAAAGUUAACUCUUAAAUAGUUGUACUGAACUAAGUUUUAUAAAAGAAUUCAUUAUAAAAUAUGAAAAAAUAAAUGACUUAUUUAGCAUUUAAAAUUAAUAAAAACUAACUAAAUAUCUUUAUCUUGCACAAACAAAACUUAUUUUUUAACCUGUAAUUUUGUGUAAAAAUCAAAAACUUAUGAAUUAUAGAGAAUAAUAUUAGAAAGGGAUGAUAAAUAAAUAUUUUACUGGUUAAAAAUCAAUUUCAUACUCAUGACAGCCGAAGAUACCUAGGUAGAUACCUAGUACAAAGAUACCUUCUUUUGCUUACUUUGAACAUACAAUGUGAAGAAAGCAGAAAUGAAAGUACAUAAAGUUGCAUACUAUAGUUUCACUUCUAUAAACAAGAACCUUCUACAAUGUCUAAACGUCAAUUGAAAUGAUGAAUUGAAACAUUUGAUGUUUAGACACUGAAGGUUCUUGUUUAUAGAACUGAAACCAUAGUAUAUAACUUUAUGUACUUUCAUUCGUGCUUUAUUAACAUUGUUUUUUGCCUCAGUGCCUAUAUAGCACAAAGUAUUACCCCUUUCUUUGUUGAAUAAAAAUACAUUUACCUUUCAAUGGUAUUUGGAAAUUAAAGUUGUUUUAGUUGACCCUCCUUUUAAUCAUUAUUUUCGAUUUUUAAUCUUUCCUAUCUCACAAAUUGUGGUAUUUUAUGUAAUUAUGAUUUUUGUAGUAGAUCAUUGAGUCAUAAAACUGAUCUUAAUACAGAUUUUAGAUUACAGUUACAAAAAUUAAGCAUUUUUCAUUGUUUUUAAUGAAAAUCGAUUUAUUGGUAAAUAAUUUUUGGUACAUAGUAAUUGUAUACUUCAAAUUUUUAUCUUUAUUUUAUAAAUUAACACACUAAAAUGCUUUUGAAAAGUAUAUUCUUAUGAUAUUUAUUUUUUAUUCCCAUUUACUAUCAUUAAAUAAAAUCUAGUCAAAGAAGUUCAUUUUAAAAAAAAAUCAGAAUUUGCAAACUAUUAUCUUUUACCUUUUACAUACGUCCUAAAAUAAUAUAAUCUGUGAUAUGUAUCAUUUUAAAUAAUAA